AUAUACCACCCUUUGAUGCUGGAAUGCAGGGCCUUAGAGAUAAACAAUUCAGGCCCCUUGCUGUAAGGGAGGGGAAGGGAGCCUUUUGUCCUGUGACGGGAUGUGAGUCAGGAUGUUUACAGUCCACCAUCAGGUCUCCAGCUAGGAAGGCAGGAAGAGAUAAGAAAAACAGGUAGCACAACCCCCUCCUUGGUAUCCAGGUGGGUCUGGACAACCCCCUCCUUGGUAUUUAGAUGAAAGGUCAAGAAUGUGCCACUCAGCUUAGCCUUAUUUAAACUGACCAAUGAAAUGAGUCCCCAUAACCACGCUUUUUUGCUUCUGUACCCGCGCUUUUGCUCUCCUAUAAGAACCCCUCACCCCCAACCUGGGGGCGCGCAAAUCUUCCGAGAGACCUUGCCGCCCCAGGUACCUGUGUAUUCAAAUAAACCUCUUGCAGUUUGCAUCCGUAAGUGUGGCUUCGUCGGGUUUGUGGGUUUGGGGCCUCUCUCGCUAGGAAGACAUCCUUCGGGGGUCUUUCAUUUUGGUGCGUUGGCCGGGAAGUCUGAGGCCCCCACCCAGGAACCAUCGACCACCUUCGGGAGGUAAGCUGGCCAGCAUUCUGUAUGUCCUAUGAAUGUCUCACGUCUUUUGUGUUUGAAUGUUGCGCUGCGAAUUUGAACUCUGUUUGAUUCAGCUGGGUCGAUCUGUAUCUGUAUCUGGCGGGUCUCGGAAGGGACCGACGGGUCCGAACUUUCCCCCCCGCAACCCUGGAAGACGUUCCGAGGGUGUCUGGUCUGUCUGGAGCCCGAUUUUUCGGGGCUCAUCUGUCAGAACCCGCGACCAGAGCCGGACUUUUUGGGUCGCCCCCCUGGUCCGAGGGUCACGUGGUUCUUCUGGGAGGUCAAUCGUCCGGACCUUUUCUGAAGCCUCCGUCUGAAUUUUUGCUUUCGGGGUUUCGCCGAAGCCGCGCAGCGCGUCUGAUUGUCAGUCUGUUUGUCUUAUUGUUCAUUUUUGUGGUCUGUCUGUUCAUUUAUUGGAAUACUAACAUGGGACAGUCGCUAACCACUCCCUUAAGCCUUACUCUAGACCACUGGUCGGACGUCUCUAACCGAGCGAGCAAUCGGUCGUUUGAGGUCAAGAAGAAAAAAUGGCGGACUGUCUGUUCCUCGGAAUGGCCCGCAUUCAACCUGGGCUGGCCGCGGGAUGGCACCUUUGACAAAAACAUUAUCUUGCAGGUUAAAGAACGGGUCUUCGAUAAAGGACCCCAUGGACGUCCUGACCAGGUCGCUUAUAUCGACACCUGGGAAAGUUUGGCUUAUGAUCCACCCCCCUGGGUGGCUCCUUUUAUUUCUCCAGACAAACCCCAACCUUCCCUAAGCCUCAUUCCCUCGGCCCCGAAUCCUCCUUUGCCCUCCCCUCCUUUGCCUUCCCUACCUAAACCCCUUACUCCUACGGCCUCCUCUCUUUAUCCUACACUGACGAAGAAGGGGGCCCUCAAGCCGUCUGUCCUCCCCCCUGACCCAAAUGCCCCUCUCGUAGACCUCCUAUCCGACGAAGAUCCUCCUCCCUAUAAUCCCCAGGAGGAGCCCGGAGAUCGUGAAGCCGACCCUAUGGCGCCCUCGUCACAGAACUCCCUGCCUGUUGCCUCUCCCGUCGCAAGCAGGCUCCGGGGAAAGCGUGAACCAUCUCCCCCAGACUCAACUUCCCGAGCAUUUCCCUUGCGACAGGGAAAUGACGGCCAACUUCAAUACUGGCCCUUUUCUGCCUCUGAUUUAUAUAAUUGGAAACAACACAAUCCCCCUUUUUCUAAAGACCCCAUAGUAUUAACUAACCUAAUAGAAUCUAUUCUGACCACCCACCAGCCAACCUGGGACGACUGUCAACAGCUUUUACAGGCUCUCCUCACUUCUGAGGAGAAACAAAGAGUCCUCGUAGAGGCACGGAAGCAGGUCCUAGGAGAUGAUGGAAGGCCAACCCAGCUGCCCAAUGAAAUCGAUGCCGCCUUCCCUCUCACCAGGCCUGACUGGGAUCACACUACGGUUGCAGGUAGGACGCACCUACGCCUUUACCGCCAGUUGCUCAUAGCGGGUCUCCGAGGGGCUGGUCGCCGCCCCACCAAUUUGGCACAGGUAAAGCAGACAAUCCAAGGGGCAGAUGAGUCUCCAGCAGCAUUUUUGGAAAGACUUAAGGAAGCAUAUCGUAUGUAUACGCCUUAUGAUCCUGAGGACCCAGGGCAGGCUACUGGUAUGUCGAUGUCUUUUAUUUGCCAGUCUGCACCCGACAUUAGGAACAAGUUACAGAGGUUGGAAAAUUUGCAGGGAUAUACACUGCAAGAUCUGCUUAAGGAAGCCGAGAAAAUCUUUAAUAAGAGGGAGACUCAAGAGGAAAGGGAGGACCGUAUCCGUAGAGAAAAAGAAGAAAGGGAGGACAGACUAAGAAGGGAGGCAGAGGAGAAGGAGGAUGCUAGAGACAGAAAGAGAAAUAGAGAACUGAGUCGUCUCUUGGCCGCCGUAGUUCAGGGACAGGACAGCCGAAAGGGAGACAGGAUGGGAGAACGGAGAGGCCCUCGCGUGGAACGCGACCAAUGCGCCUACUGCAAGGAAAAAGGGCAUUGGGUAAAGGAUUGCCCUAAGAAGACCCGCAGACCCAGAGGCCCCAAACCACAAGCCUCACUCCUAGCCCUAGAUGAAGACUAGGGAAGUCGGGGCCAGGAGCCCCCCCCUGAGCCCAGGAUAACACUCGAUGUCGGGGGGCAGCCAGUUACCUUCCUAGUGGAUACAGGUGCUCAGCAUUCAGUUCUUACCCGGUCACCAGGCCCGCUCAGUGAACGAACUGCUUGGGUACAAGGGGCCACAGGCGGAAGAAGAUAUCGAUGGACCACCGAACGGAAGGUACAACUAGCAACUGGUAAAGUAACUCACUCCUUCCUACACGUACCAGACUGCCCCUAUCCCUUACUAGGGCGAGACUUACUCACCAAACUGAAAGCCCAAAUUCACUUUGAGGGGGCAGGGGCUCGAGUGUCGGGUCCAAAUGGAAACCCCCUCCAAGUCUUGACCUUACAAUUGGAAGACGAAUACCGACUAUAUGAGCAGGACUCUAAGACACAAGGAUCCAGAGACUUGGACAUAUGGCUUACAGAGUACCCACUGGCAUGGGCCGAGACUGGGGGUAUGGGGCUAGCCCUACAGCAGCCCCCUUUGAUCGUAGACCUGAAGGCCACAGCCACCCCAGUCUCAGUCAAACAAUACCCCAUGUCGAAUGAGGCCUACCAGGGGAUAAGACCUCAUAUAAAGAGACUAUUAGAACAAGGUAUUCUGAUUCCCUGUCGGUCACCUUGGAAUACCCCCCUCCUCCCAGUAAAGAAACCAGGGACAGAGGAUUAUCGACCAGUACAGGACCUCAGGGAAGUUAAUAAGAGGGUUGAAGACAUACACCCGACCGUCCCCAAUCCAUACAAUUUACUAAGCACCCUGCCACCAUCUCACACCUGGUAUACAGUGCUAGACUUGAAGGAUGCCUUCUUCUGUCUCAGAUUAAGCCCCAAAAGCCAACCCCUUUUCGCCUUCGAAUGGAAGGACCCCGAAUUGGGAAUUUCAGGCCAACUGACUUGGACCCGACUCCCACAAGGUUUUAAGAAUAGUCCCACGCUCUUUGACGAGGCCUUGCACCGGGACCUUGCGGACUUCAGAGUUCAACACCCAUCAUUGAUCCUACUCCAGUACGUGGACGACCUUCUACUGGCAGCCUCCACAGAACGUGACUGUCGACAAGGUACGGGGGCCCUAUUGCAAACUCUGGGACGGCUGGGCUAUCGAGCAUCUGCCAAAAAGGCCCAGAUAUGCCAGACUGAGGUGACCUAUUUGGGAUAUAAAUUAAAAGAAGGGCAGCGUUGGCUUACAGCCUCACGCAAGGAAACUGUAUCCCGUAUACCUGCACCUCGAGACCAUCGCCAGCUGAGGGAAUUCCUGGGGACUGCCGGGUUCUGCCGCUUAUGGAUACCAGGCUUCGCAGAAAUGGCAGCUCCUCUCUACCCCCUCACAAAGCAGGGGGUACCAUUCGGAUGGACAGAUAAACAACAAAAGGCUUUUGAGGACAUCAAACGCGCCCUCCUGUCCUCUCCAGCACUGAGCCUGCCUGACGUCACUAAACCAUUCGAACUGUUCGUUGAUGAAAAACAAGGUUAUGCCAAGGGGGUUUUGACCCAAAGGCUUGGGCCAUGGAAAUGCCCUGUCGCGUACUUAUCAAAGAAAUUAGACCCAGUAGCCUCAGGCUGGCCCCCUUGUCUACGGAUGGUGGCAGCCAUUGCCGUCCUUAUUAAGGAUGCUGGCAAACUGACUUUGGGACAGCCCUUGACCAUUUUGGCACCCCAUGCCGUCGAGGCCUUGAUUAGGCAGCCCCCUGACCGGUGGCUCUCCAACGCCCGCAUGACCCACUACCAAUCCUUGCUGUUGGAUACGGACCGAGUCCAGUUCGGACCUGUAGUCGCCCUUAAUCCGGCGACCUUGCUACCCACACCGGAAGGACCAGACCAGCAUGACUGCCUUCAGAUCCUCGCGGAAAUGCAUGGAACCCGGAUGGACUUGACUGAUCAGCCCCUCCCAGAUGCGGACCACACCUGGUACACCGAUGGGAGCAGUUAUCUACUGAAUGGAGAAUGCAGGGCGGGAGCUGCAGUUACCACGGAGACCCAGGUAAUCUGGGCCAGUGCCUUACCCAGCGGCACCUCGGCCCAACGAGCUGAACUCAUCGCUCUGACUCAAGCCCUUAGGUUGGGAGAAGGUAAGAAGCUGAAUGUUUAUACUGAUAGCCGGUAUGCUUUCGCCACCGCACACAUACAUGGAGAAAUAUACCGGAGACGAGGGCUCUUAACCUCAAAAGGCAAGGAAAUUAAAAAUAAAGCAGAGAUCCUUGCUCUAUUAGAGGCCUUAUUCCUCCCCAAGAGACUGAGCAUUAUGCAUUGUCCCGGACACCAAAAAGGAGAUCACGCCGAGGCCAGAGGAAAUCGGCGGGCGGAUGAAGCGGCCCGAGAGGCUGCUUUGGGACCACAAAUUCUCCCCCUAAUAUCCGAGCCCGUCCAAUCCACAAUAGACUGGGCCUAUGAUAAAGAGGACAUAAACCUACUCCAAAAAUUGGGGGCAGAAUAUAACCCAGCGAAUAGACGUUGGAUUUAUCGGGGAAAAAUAGCAGUGCCCAUAAAAAUAACCCAGGAACUUAUAGACUACUUACAUAAGUUGACCCAUUUGGGUACGAAGAAAAUGAAAACCCUCCUAGACAGAAUGGAAACUGGACAAUACCUCUUGAACAGGGACAGGGCACUCCAACGGGCAACAGACAAUUGCAGGGCCUGUGCCCAAAUCAAUGCAGGUCACUCGAAAGCCCUCCAAGGGGUACGCCUCAGAGGACAUCGACCCGGUGUCCACUGGGAAAUAGACUUUACUGAAGUUAAACCUGGCUUAUAUGGGUACAAGUACCUGCUGGUUUUUAUAGACACCUUUUCAGGAUGGGUAGAGGCCUAUCCCACCAAACAUGAAACGGCUAAGAUGGUUGCCAAAAAGCUAUUAGAAGAAAUUUUUCCCCGAUAUGGUAUGCCAAAGGUAUUGGGAUCUGAUAACGGGCCAGCCUUCGUCUCCCAGGUAAGUCAGUUGGUGGCCAAGUUACUGGGGAUUGAUUGGAGAUUACAUUGUGCUUAUAGACCCCAGAGUUCAGGACAAGUAGAACGUAUGAAUAGAACUAUUAAGGAGACUUUGUCUAAAUUAACGCUCGCUACUGGCUUAAAGGAUUGGGUGUUGCUCCUGCCCCUGGCCCUAUAUCGGGCCAGGAACACCCCCGGGCCACAUGGCCUUACCCCUUUUGAAAUAUUAUAUGGGGCACCGCCUCCAGCCAUACAUUUCUUUGACACGGACAUUGCAGACUAUGCUAACUCCCCUUCUCUACAAGCCCACUUGCAGGCCCUGCAGCUGGUACAACAAGAGGUCUGGAAACCCCUAGCAGCCGCCUACAAAGACAACCUUAACCAGCCAGUGGCACCUCAUCCGUACCAGAUCGGGGACACUGUUUGGGUCCGUAGACAUCAAACUAAGAACCUGGAACCGCGCUGGAAGGGACCAUACACUGUUCUCCUGACCACCCCAACGGCGCUCAAGGUGGACGGAAUUGCUGCCUGGAUCCACGCCUCACACGUGAAAGCCGCCAGCUCAGAACAACAGACAGCCAGCCAAAAGGAAGGAUGGAAGAUCCAACGCUCCCAAAACCCCUUAAAGAUAAGACUGGUUCGAAAAUGAUAUUAUGGGCAGUAGUCUUUCCCAUGUUGAUCUUGGGAUCCAUGGGGGCUCCUAAUGGAAGCCCCCACGCAGUUUAUUCCUUAACUUGGCAGAUUAUUUCCCAGACUGGGGAGGUAGUCUGGAAGACGACUGGCCAACAUGCCCUCAAUACCUGGUGGCCUCCCCUCACCCCGGAUUUUUGUCAGCUAGCUGCGGGACUAGACUCUUGGGACAUAGCCACCACCGACUAUAAUCAAUUAACGAGAAACAUGCAGCCAACGGGGGGAGGAUCUGUAGGCUGCUCCAACCCCGGGCGAAGAUGUCGAUUAGCAGAGGCCAGCUUUUAUGUCUGCCCCCGGGAUGGCCGAGAUCGAGCUACGGCUUACAAAUGUGGGGGAUAUAAUGAAAUGUUCUGUGCGGCUUGGGGAUGUGAAACGACUGGGGAUGCCUACUGGAAACCCCAUUCCAGCUGGGAUAAGAUCAG